AUGUCGGGACGGCGCAGUUAUCACAGAUUCACCAAGGGCCAGACAUGCGAGCAGUGCCCGUCCAAAAGAUGGUAUUCCGAAGAUGGUCGCCGAUAUUGCGAUCGCGGACAUGAGAUAGAGGGCUUCGUGGAGCAUGACUUUGAAGACGAGGAUGGGUUCGGGCAGACAGGCGCAGUGGCGCGCAAGGAGAAGGAGGUCCGCGAAAAGACCUCGCGCAUGCUCUCGGGCAACGCGUCGCGCGAGCUGUACCUCCAGUGCCUGCAGCUCGUUCUCCGCAAGCAGCUGUUUUGGCUCAUGCACGACCGGGGUCUGCCAUCCGAGCUGGAGACGGUGGUGCGGGACCUCUGGGUGCUGAGAACGCGCAACAUUGAGGGGCUCAAGACCGUUUCCGAGGCGGAGCGGGACGAGGACGCCCAGUCGGGUGGAGAGAGGAGCGAGACCGACGGCAGCGAGAUGAAGAUGUUCAGCAGCGGCGGGGAGUCGGAGGCCGGGCGGACGGACCGGUCGGGCACUGGGACGAGAGGCAGCUCAAGGGCGAGGAGCUGGACUUCGGAGAUCGGCGUCAAGAGGUCCCUCCCCAGGCUGGUUGAUACACUAGGGCUUUGUUACCUGGGCUGUCUAUUGAUGCGGUUGCCUGUCAGGGUCGGAGACUUGUUCAGCUGGGGCAAGAACAAUCAGAUCAUAUAUCUCGAUGCGAUCCAUGAGGUUCCUUGUGAGAUGAGGGCUCGUCUACCUGGACAAUAUCAAAAGGCACUUACGGCCCGAUCUACACCCUUUUCGGGCGGAGAGAUCCACGCAGCGGUUCUCGGGCUGGUUUUGUCCUUUCAUAAAUUCUACAAGAUGACGUUCCCGCCUCUGAACAGACAGCUGCUUACGCUACGAUACAUUAAAGAACUGGCACUGCCACCCGAGAUAUAUACCUUUACCCAAGAGAUGGUCGACUUCCUUAACGUGGACUUUACUUUUCCGCUCGGACAACGAAGAGUGCAACUACUCGACCACCCCGAUGUCUUCUUGAUAUCAUGCAUUGUCAUGGUCACCAAGUUGAUCUGUCCGUUUGAUGACGUUCGUCGAGGCACUAGCGAAACUAGCUUCCCAGUACCUUUGCUAAAGAUUGACUGGCAACGAUGGAGGGAGCAGUUUGAAGUGGCGCCAAAAGAGUCGCUUUCUCGAAAGGACAUUGAGAUGCUGACCUCUGAAGAUGCAUGGACAUUAAGUCAAGCUAAAGCAGAUGAUUAUCUUGCUUGGUUUCAGCAGGUUAAGAUCGACCCGCAAAGAUCCAGCCAGCUAGGGCGAUUUGCCGGUCUUUUUCCUCUUCAGGAGCAACAAAGAGAAACCAGACCUGUAAAUGCCGAUGAGACGGCUGUAGACGGUAAGUUGCUAGAAAUUCAUAGCAGAAUGACUUUGCAGUUUCCCGAGGAUCCUGCGAAUGGAGAUAAUGUGACGACGGGUUUCGGGACCAAACACUGGGUCUGGCGCAACGUUGACGAUCUCCCGCCAACUGCUAGGGCAUUCUACAACAAAGCUGGUAUGUUCAUAGACUUUUCGAACCCACAGUCGAGUACGCAGACUAACGGUUUAUUCGCAGCUGAGCUAUCAGGACUUGCCCCAAGUAGACUUGCCAAGGCGGUGUGCAUGCUUGAACGAAGGCUUGAUCUGUGGAUCAGAAGGCAAAAGGAGGAAGCAGGGGGAGCCGGGCAAUUCGUAUAG